AUGGCUGCGGAGGAUGCGGCCGCGCGGUACCGAGCCGGAGCCCCGCGGCUCCCGGCGGCCCGGCUGCUGCUGCUCGGCCUGGCCGCCUCGCUGCUCCCGGCCCCGGCGCUCGGGCUCCUCGGGUUCCGGCCGGAGGAGACCGGGCCGGAGCUGUCCGUGGAGGACGGGGUGCUGAAAGCCACCGAGGGCACGCGCUUCAUGCUGCGGGUUUACUACUCCACCUCCCCGCAGAGGCUCAACCGCACCGCGGCGACCCGCACCAACAACGCCGCGCCGUGGAUCGCCUUCAUCGAGGAGCCGAGUCCCGGACGAGAGGGACAAGUUCACCCGAAGCGGAACAUGUGCAUGGACAAGGACGCCAGGACGUCCGACAUCGAGGUUCUGGGCUCCUUCAAGUCCGCUUCAAGCCAGAACUCGGUGCUGGUGGAGCUGCUGGCCAAACACCUGCGCAAGGGGGAGAAGAUGAAGUUCUACUCGAUGUGCGCCUUCGACGGGUCCAAGUGGGAGCACUACCGGACGCGGGACUUCUGGGUGGCCGUGGUGGAGCGCUCCGCAGAACCGGAGCUGUGGCUCCAGGUGCUGGUGUCGGUCCUGCUGCUCGGGCUGUCCGCCUUGUUCAGCGGGCUGAACCUGAGCCUGUUGGCGCUGGACCCGGUGGAGCUGCAGGUUCUGCAGAACAGCGGCACCGACAAGGAGCAGAAUUACGCGCGGAAGAUCGAGUCUGUGCGUCGGCACGGGAACUACGUGCUCUGCACUCUGCUGCUGGGGAACGCGAUCAUCAACGCCUCGCUGGCCGUGUGGAUGUGUCAGAUCCUGGGCAUGACCUGGCUGUCCACGGUCAUCUGCGCCUUCGGCAUCUUCUUCAUCGGGGAGAUCCUCCCACACUCGGUGGCGUCGCGCCACGGCCUCGCCAUCGCCUCCAAAACCAUCUGGGUGACGCGGCUGCUGAUGGUGCUCUCCUUCCCCAUCUCCUACCCCAUCAGCAAACUGCUGGACCUCAUCCUCAACCAGGAGAUCUCCAACUUCUACACCCGAGAGAAGCUCCUGGAGAUGCUGCGCGUCUCGGACCCGUACCACGACCUGGUCAAGGAGGAGCUCAACAUCAUCCAGGGCGCGCUGGAGCUGCGCACCAAGACCGUGGAGGACGUCCUGACGCCGCUCACCGACUGCUUCAUGCUGGCCUCGGACGCGGUGCUGGACUUCAACACCAUGUCGGAGAUCAUGCAGAGCGGCUACACGAGGAUCCCGGUGUUCGAGAACGAGCGCUCCAACAUCCUGGACAUCCUGUUCGUCAAGGACCUGGCGUUCGUGGACCCGGACGACUGCACCCCCCUGAAGACCGUCACCCAGUUCUACAAGCUGCCGCUGCACUGCGUCUUCAACGACACCAAGCUGGACACCAUGCUGGAGGAGUUCAAGAAAGGAAAGUCCCACCUGGCCGUGGUGCAGCGAGUGAACAACGAGGGGGAAGGAGAUCCCUUCUACGAGGUGAUGGGCAUCGUGACCCUGGAGGACGUCAUCGAGGAAAUCAUCAAGUCUGAGAUCCUGGACGAGACCGACCUCUACACUGACAAUCGCACAAAGCGCCGUGUGUCUCACCACGAGCGGAAGCAGCAGGACUUCUCCAUCUUCAAGCUGUCGGAGAACGAGAUGAAGGUGAAGAUCUCUCCUCAGCUCCUCCUGGCGACGCAUCGGUUCCUCUCCACAGAGGUGGAGCCCUUCAAGCCGUCUCACAUCUCGGAGAAGAUCCUCCUGAGGCUCAUCAAACACCCCAGCGUGGUGCAGGAGGUGAAGUUCGACGAGAAGAACAAGCGAGCGCAGCAGCACUUCCUGUUCCAGCGCAACAAGCCGGCGGACUACUUCCUCCUGGUGCUGCAGGGUCGAGUGGAGGUGGAGUUCGGGAAGGAGGCGCUCAAGUUUGAGAACGGGGCCUUCUCUUACUUUGGGGUUCCCGCCAUCAUGCCAGCAGUGCACAGAUCCCCCUCUCGCAGCAGUGGACUGGACCGCUCCGAGUCCAUGCUGUACGGGGGGAGCACGGGGCAGCUGAACGAGGGGGGGGGGAACGUCUACCUGCCGGACUACUCGGUGCGGCAGCUCACACACCUCCAGAUCCUCAAGAUCACCCGGAGCCACUACCAGAACGCCCUGACCGCCACCCGGAUGGACAGCUCCCCUCAGACCCCGGACGCAGACGCUCGCCCCACAGGAGAACACCCCCCGACUCCAGAGCCUCCUCCGACCACGACGGAGCACGGCUCCACCCUGAUGCCCCCCACCGUCACCCUCAUGCCUCCGCCCCGGGAGCACUGCCGGCCCAGCUCGGCCAGAACCCACGGGCCGCAGCCCGGUGUCCUGCAGAGCACGUCACUGCAGAACGAGAAGAACCGCAUCGUCCGGAGUAAAUCUGACGGGCAGAAGAGUCCGAGUGACUCAGUGUUCCUCAGGAUGGACGAGGUCCCGUACAUCAGAGAGGACCGAGCGGAGAGCGACACACACACAGUUCCCAUAGAGACGGACACAUCUCCUUUCAUCAGCAGCAGCCUGUCGCUGAGCGGCUCAGAGGAAACACUGGGCAAGAAGCUCCUGCACAAACUCAGCCACAGGAAGAGGAAGAAAUCUCGUGAAGGAGAGAAAACGCCGGAGGACAAUUCAGAGCAGCCGCUGGUGAGAACCUAG